GGCGUUACCUCUUCCAGGAAACUCCUAUAUAACUCUUCAAGACAGGAACGCGUUGCCAUUCCAUAACAGCUGACCAUGGCAAACAGUUUGUCUGUGUUGCUGGCAUUGGUGGCUCUAUUAAUGCAACAUGACGUCAUUAAGAGUCUGCCUACCAAGAACAGGACGAUGCGCUUAACACCCCAAGCUUUGAGAGAAGGUCUCACACAGCGUUUAGCAAAACAAUGGAAGAACAUGGGAGCACCUAUUAAACUCUCCGAAAAACGAAAACAGAAAAUGACAAUUGAAGAAUACAACAAACUAGUUAGAGAGGUAAUUGAAGACUCUAACGGAUCGCAUGUGAUCGACAUUGGAGAGUUCAAACCGGCCGAGAAGCUGUCUUCAGACCGACAUUACUUCGUGGGAAUGAAUGGGGAAAUCAAUAAACUGCCGAACUUUCGACACCAAAAACAAAAGAAACUCAAAAAGCCUGACAAGAACUUACUCCAGAAACAGAUGACGUCACACAGACGGAAGCGUGCUUCUGAAAAAUCAAAGUACCUUAGUUACGUGUCCUGGCCAAACAAUCGUGUUCCCUUUAUUACGACGAAUAUGGAGACAGAUGACGAUUUCCUUACCUGGAUACAAGAAGGUGUUGAUAUGUUUCAUGAGGAAACGUGUUUACAGUGGGCUGCCAGAUCCGACGAAAAGGAAUAUGUAGACUUUAGGGGUGGCGACCAGGAUGGUUUCUGUGCAGCAUAUAUUGGCCGAUUACAUGACGAGCCAAGCCCAGUGUUUUUGGACCAAGUGACCGGCUAUUGUAAUGCUGAUUAUGUCGUUUAUCAUGAGAUGAUGCACGCAGUUGGUUUAGAGCACGAGCAGUCACGCCCAGAUCGGUACUCUGCCCUCCAAAUCAACUGGGAAUGCAUCGUUGAGAAUACAAUCAACAAUUACAUAAAGCGACCCCUGGCAACUGACGUGGAAUUUGAUUGGACAUCCAUCAUGCAAUACACCCCAACC